CCAGUUGGGGAGGAGGUAGCUAGGUGUGCAGGGAUUGGCUGAGCCACUCAAGCCCCACCUCUGCCAGUUCAGAGAUAAGGACAGGAAAGAAGACUCCCUAGGAAGAGGACAGAAGUUUCGGGGGAUUAAGUGCUCCAGACAGAAGGAUGCUGCAGCUGAGCCUAUCCUGGCUGGGACUGGGGCCAGUGGAAGCCUCACCAUGGCUACUCCUGCUCCUGGUUGGGGCUUCCUGGCUCCUGGCCCGAGUCCUGGUCUGGACCUGCACCUCCCUUGACAAUGUUCGCCGCCUCCGAGGUUUCCCGCAGCCUCCAAAACCGAACUGGCUCUUGGGUCACAUGGGCCAGAUUGAGAGCUCAGAGGAGGGUCUCCUGUAUACACAGGACCUGGCCAGCACCUAUGGGGAUGUGUGCUGCUGGUGGGUGGGACCCUGGCACGCAGUCAUCCGCAUCUUCCACCCCACCUGCAUCAAGCCUGUGCUCUUUGCUCCAGCUGCCGUCGCACCCAAGGAUGUGGUCUUCUACGACUUUCUGAAGCCCUGGCUGGGGGAUGGGCUCCUGCUGAGUGCUGGUGACAAGUGGAGCAGCCACCGUCGCAUGCUGACACCUGCCUUCCACUUCAACAUCCUGAAGCCCUACAUGAAGAUUUUCAAUGACAGCGUGAAUGUCAUGCAUGCCAAGUGGCAGCGUCUGGUCACAGAGGGCCACAACCGUUUGGACAUGUUUGAACACAUCAGCCUCAUGACCCUGGACAGUCUGCAGAAAUGUGUCUUCAGCUUUGACAGCAAUUGCCAAGAGAAGCCUAGUGAAUAUAUUGCUGCCAUCUUGGAGCUCAGUGCUCUUGUGGCAAAACGGCACCAGCAGAUCUUCCUGCACCUGGACUUCCUGUACUACCUCACCCCUGAUGGGUGGCGCUUCCAUAAGGCCUGCCGCCUAGUUCACGACUUCACAGAUGCCGUCAUCCAGGAGCGGCGCAACACCCUUCCCACAGAGGGCAUUGAUGACUUCCUCAAGGCCAAGGCUAAGGCUAAAACUUUGGACAUCAUUGAUGUGCUCCUGCUGACCAAGGAUGAAGAUGGGAAGGGAUUGUCAGAUGAAGAUAUCCGAGCUGAAGCUGACACCUUCAUGUUUGAGGGCCAUGACACCACAGCCAGUGGCCUCUCCUGGGUCCUGUACAACCUGGCAAAGCACCCAGAAUACCAGGAGCGCUGCCGGCAGGAGGUGCAUGAGCUCCUGAGGGACCGUGAGCCUAAAGAGAUUGAAUGGGAUGACCUGGCACAGUUGCCCUUCCUGACCAUGUGCAUCAAGGAGAGUCUGCGGUUGCAUCCUCCCGUCACUGUCAUCUCCCAUCGCUGUACCCAGGACAUUGUGCUCCCAGAUGGCCGGAUCAUCCCCAAAGGUGUUAUCUGCCUCAUCAGUAUUUUUGGGACCCACCACAACCCAUUGGUGUGGCAAGAUCCUGAGGUCUAUGAUCCAUUCCGCUUCGACCCAGAAAACAUCAAGGAGAGGUCACCUCUGGCUUUCAUCCCUUUUUCAGCGGGGCCCAGGAACUGCAUUGGGCAGACAUUCGCUAUGACAGAGAUGAAAGUGGUCCUGGCUCUCACACUACUGCGCUUCCGUGUUCUGCCGGUGGAGGAAGAGCCGCGCAGGAAGCCAGAGCUGAUUCUGCGCGCGGAGGGCGGACUUUGGCUGCGGGUGGAGCCGCUGAGCGCAAGCCCUCAGUGAGGCAUUUCCUCCAGGCCUGGGACUCAGUCCAAUACCAUCCCCAUACUUGCGCAGAUUCCCAGCAAUAAAACUGUGUUGUCACUUUUA